AUGGCGUCGGCGUCCUUUCGCGACUCUAUGAAUUCUCUGGGCUGGUCCCGGCGCCCGCCAGAGCCACCGGCCACCAACGGGUCGGCCUCAACUCCUGUACUUUCGACACUACAAUCGCUAAACCCAUUCGCGAGCCGUGGCUAUGUCCAGCUACCCGAAGGCUCCUCUGCGCCGUUACCAGCUCCCACAAGGCGCGAGGAGGAGGAGGGGUGGUUUGCUUUGAGUCGAUGGGACCGCAUGCUAAUCUUUGCGGGAUUCAAUAUUGGCGCCCUUGUCUGCUUUGCGAUUUGCAUGUGUUUUAUCAUCUUUCCUGCGUUGAUGUUCGUUCCACGGAAAUUCGCCAUUCUGUAA